AUGAAUAUUUUAUUGGGUCUAACACCAACAAAGCUUGUGGCUCCAAACGGAAUUCCACCAAUUGUUCUCAAGGAAUGUGCUCCCGAACUAACACCUGUUCUCUGCAAGUUGUUCAACUACUCUUACAAAUUGUGGAUAUUCCCGUCCAACUCGAAAAUUGCAAGAGUACAACCAGUUCCUGAAAAAGGCAAAAAGACCCUACCUAGCAACUACAGACCGAUCGGACUGCUAUCUGUUAUUUCGAAGAUCAUGGAGAAAGCUAUCAACAUCGAGCUCAUGGAGUACCUGGAACAUUCAGGCAUUAGAUCGAGUCUGGCACCACGGACUCCUCGGCAAGCUUCCAUCAUAUGGCUUGCCUCCUCAGCUAUAUGUUCUCUGCUAGCUAGUUUUCUCUCAAACAGGUCUCUCCAGGUAGUGGUCGACGGAGUUUCAUCUAACUCUCUUGUCAUAAAUGCUGGUGUUCCGCAAGGAUCAAUUCUAGCAACAAUAGUAUUUCUACUCCAUAUCAACGAUUUGGCUCCAAUACCAGUCAGGCAAAUCAGAAACGAACGAGGAAGAAAUGUUGACAACAUAAAUAUGGAAUUGGCAACAAUUCUCGAAUGGGGAUCCAAUAACUUGGUAGAUUUCAAUGCAAACAAAACACAAGCAUGCUUUUUCUCUGGAAAAGCCGAUCUCACUGUGCCCAACAUAAGCUUGUCAGGGGUAACCAUACCUUUGAAGACAUCCAUUCCGAUGCUUGCUUGUCAGCUGCUGAUGAUCUAUAAGGCACAGAUCCGACCUGUCCUGGAAUACUGUUCCGAUAUUCAUGGUGCAGCAACCAAACAUACUCUGAAACUGUUGGAUUCUGUCCAAAAAAGGGUAAUUCGUCUCGUGGGUGAUGCCUCGCGCACAAACUCACUCACUUCUCUCGAACACCGUAUAAAAUCUAACAUUCCGCGAACCGAAACCAUGCGAGAAACUCUUAUCGUUGACACCGCCUCAACCUCAACAACGACAUACGCGCCUACAAACCCGCCAGACCUGAACCAUCUAGACAGAGAGAGAAGCCUCAGACUGCGUAACGAUUUUUUCUCCGUCGAAGUGUGCCCGAACAGAGCUCUAGACGCGACUCUUUUGUUGAAAAUGGCGCCGAGGCUAUGUUCGGUCACGUGGCAUGCGCAGAGUGUGGAAGAGGGGAUGCCUGCCGUCCGAUUGGCCGGGCAGCUGCGGGAACAAGGUCACGAGGUGUUGUUGCAUCUGGCGGGAAGGAAUCUGAAUGAGGGGCAAGUGGUGGAGAUUCUGGAUGAGGUGAAGCGUUUGGGGGUUAGGAAUUUGUUGGUGUUGCAAGGAGAUCCUUCACACUUUUUGGAGAAAGAUGACGCGAAAUGUGAUUUUCCGUACGCAUCACAUUUGGUGAAAUUCAUUCAAGAGAAAUACGGGCAUUAUUUCGUUAUCGGCGUAGCUGGCUAUCCAGAAAAACAACCAAAAUCUGAGAAUCAAGAAGAAGAUUAUAACUAUUUAGAAAUGAAGGUUUCGUGUGGAGCAGACUUCAUCAUAACCCAAGCGUGCUACACCCUAGAACGACUCACGACUUUCGUGAAACGAUGCAGAUCGAAGGGGAUCCAUGUUCCCAUCACACCAGGAAUCUUCAUAAUCAGUUCUUUCAAGACUUUGAAGGCCAUGUCGAAAUUUUGCGGCAUUUCUAUCCCACAGGACAUCUUCGACAUAGUGGAACGCAACAAGGACAACGAAGAGACCGUCCGCGAGUACGGAAUACAUGUGGCAACCCAGCUGGCCAAGGAUAUUUUGUCGAACAGGGAGCUUUUCGAGGGGUUCCACGUUUUCACGCUGAACAACUUCGAAUUGCUCGCGGCAGUAUUGAGGAGGUUGGGGCUUUACGCAGUUGAGAUAGAGAGAAGCUUAUUCAUAGAAGAAAACUCAGAAAAGGAAUGGCGAACGCUAUACCAGCGCUACCAUGCAUACGUUCUGGAAGCCGAAUUGAUUUGACCGUUGACAGGCAUAAUUAGGUAUUUUAUGGAAUAAUACUGUACAGUUCCUUGAUGAAUAUUACAUGAGGUAUACCACAAAAGGGUCAGUUUUGGGGCCAAUUUUAUUUUUAAUUUACAUUAACUCAAUAUCUACUUUGAAAUUGAGAGGAAAACUAAAAUUAUUUCCAGAUGAUACAACAAUCUAUACUUCAAAGGAUUUUCACGAUAUCAAUAAUGAUAUUUAAAAUGAUUUGAAUAAA